AUGGACGGCGUCUGCGAUCAGCGGCACAGCGGCACGGCUCUCAUCGACGCCACGGCGCCGGCGGCCCGCUCUCUCACCUUCGAUUGGCUGAGGAGACACACCUCGCUGCUCGCGGAUGCGCUGCAGCGGCACGCGUCGCCGAGGCAGGCCGUGGUCGGCCUCCUCUCCGAGCGCAGCGCCGAGCAGGUCUGCGGCGUCUUCGCCAUCUGGCGAGCGGGCGGAGUCUACCUCCCUCUCGACCCGACCGACCCGGAGAGCCGUCUUGCGUGCGUGGUGGAGGACGCGCGGCCGGCGGCGCUGCUGGUGGCGGCGGCGUGCGAGGCCGCCACCAGCCGACUGCACACCGUCGGCGUGCCGCGGGUGCAGCUUGAGUCGGGCCGGCUGCUCGGUGCCGCGUCGAGCAACCUCGCCGAAAAUGGGAGGACCUUGCCCGAGGGCGAGAGCACGACCAGGUCGACGACCGGCAGCGCGCACUCCGCCGGCGGCUGCCGUCGGCUGAUGGCAGGCUGCUGCUACCUGCUCUACACCUCCGGCUCGACGGGCGAGUCGAAGGGCGUGCUUGGCAGCCGCGCGGGCCUCGAGGCGCGCGCUGGCUGUGGCACCCCGUUACCUAAUCGCAACUGGAUGUGGGAGGCGUACCCGUUUGCGCCCGACGAGGUGUGCGUCGCCAAGACGCCGCUCGGCUUCGUCGACUCGCUCUGGGAGAUGGUGGGGCCACUUGCAAAGGGCAUGCCGUUGCUUCUGUUGCCGUCGGACGCGGCGUCGCGCCCUCACGCGCUGCUGCCGGUGCUGCGCGAGUGGCGCGCCUCGCGCCUCGUCCUCGUGCCGUCGGCGCUUCGCAUGCUGCUGGACGCUUGCGAGGCGUGCGACGGUGGCACACCCUCCACGCCACCCGCGCCGCCGCCGCCGCCGCCGAGCGUGCGUGUCGCGCGACCCUUCUCGGAGCCUUCUCGAGCCUUCUCGGAGCCUUCUCGGAAUCUUCUGCCGAGCUUGCGUGUGCUGAGUGUGAGCGGCGACGCUCUGCCUUGGGCCCUCUGUGUGCGCGCCGCUGCGCUGCUGCCGCACGUGCGCCUGCUCAACCUGUACGGCUGUACUGAGACUUCCGCAGACGCCACCGCCUUCGACGUGACCGCCGCAAUGGCGCGUGGCAGCAGCGACGGAGGAGGGGGUGGAGGUGGCAUCGGCGUUGGCAUCUGUCCGCUCGGUGCUCCAAUUCGCGGAGCACACGUCUGGCUGCUGCGGGCUGCCCCGGCCGAGGCCGACGGCGACGGCGGCGGUGGCGACGGCGGCGGUGGCGACGGCGGCGGUGGCGACGGCGGCGGCGGCGACGGCGGCGGCGGAGGAGGAGAGCCUGUGCCCUCGGUUGCCGAGGAAUGCGCCGCGGGCGAGGUUGGCGAGAUCGGUGUGGGCGGCGAGGUGGUGGCGUUGGGGUACCUGCACCGGCCGCGCCUUGCCGCUGCCAAGUUCGCGCAGCUGCGUCUGCGUCCGAGCGGGCGCGCAACUGCGUCUGUUGCCGCUGCGUCAGGCGCGCCUGCUGCCGCGGUGGCCGCCACGACAAGGCGGGUCUUUCGCACGGGUGACCUCGGCCGGUGGGGCUCGCGAGGCGAGCUGUGCUUUCUUGGCCGGGCCGACCGCCAGCUGCAGCUCCGCGGCGCGCGCCUCGAGCCGAGAGAGGUGGAGGCGGUGUAUGAGGGCUUCGCGCUCGCCACCGACGCCGCCGCUCACGCGCUGGCGGUGCCGCUACUCGUCUCCGACGAUGCGACCGGCCGCGACGGCGGCGGCUUGCGAAGUGCCGACGGGCUCGCCUUGUGCGUGGUCCUGCGAGCGGCCGUCCGCAGCGGCGGCGGCGGCGGCGAGCCGAGUGCGAGCGCCAACGCGGUCGGCGUGCUCGACACUUCCGAGACACUCCCGAGACGCUUCCGAGACACUCCCUCGGUCAGCGUGCUCGUCGGCGCGAGCCGGCGGCUUUCGGCGCCGCUGCGGCGGUGGGGCGAGGCAAGGCUGCCGGCGUGGAUGGUGCCGUCGGCGUUUGUGGUGGUCGAUUCGCUGCCGUGCCUUCGUAGCGGGAAGCCUGACCGGCUGGGGCUCCAGCGGGUGGCUCCCCAGCUGGUGCGGCUGCUGCUCACGCAUGGUGCGCCAUACCCCGACGCGGCCAGUGCGGACGGCGGCGGCGGCAGCAGUGGCGAAGCCGUGGAGGACGGUCGGGUGAGGCUGCUGUCUGCUGAGAUGGGUCGUUUGCUUGGCGUCGCCGAUGGGCUGCCGGCGGCGUCUCGCUUCGUCGAGAGCGGAGGCAGCUCGGUCCUCGCGGCGCGCCUGAGCUUUGAGCUGCGCCGGCAGGGGUGGCAUUUGCCACCCGAGGCACUGAUGCGACGCGAUGCGACGGUGGCGAGCGCGGCGAGUGCCAUGAGUCGCCUCGGCGGAGCUGGCGCAGCUGGCGGCGGCCAAGGCGAGGGAGCCAAGGCGGCACACGCAUCGGGGGAGGGCGAGGACGAGGGCGAGGGUGGAGCCACGGCGGGGGCUCGGACACCGCUCGCCAGCCGGCUGCACGUGGCUGCCGCGGGAAAGACGGGGGAGCGCGGGGAGAGCGGGCCCGGCGAGCCGGCGCCGUACGAUGAGGCGACGCCGCCGCUGCUCGGCGGUGCGAUGGAGCUGCGGCCGCAGGCGGCAGGCGAGCCGCGCGCGGGGUCGCACGCGUGCCGACAUGGGCAAGCGUGCCGACAUGGGCAAGCGAGCUGCGCCAUCUCCCCCCGCGGGGACGUUGUCCUCGUCGGCUGCCACGACGCAAGCCUCUACGCGCUGUGCGCGCACAGCGGCGCACAGUUGUGGGCGUACCACGCGCACGGCCAGAUCAAGGCGAGCGCGUGCUGCCUGCCCGCGCCGGCCGCUGCCGCUGCCGGCGGCGGCGGCGGCGGCGGCGGUGGCGGUGGCGGCGGCGGCGGCGGCGGCGGCGGCGGCGGCGGCGGCGGCGGCGGCGGCGGCGGCGGCGGUGGCGGUGGCGGUGGCGGCGGCGGUGGCGGCCCGGCGCGGCGCUUGCGAGAGUGGCUGAGGCGACUCGAGACGGCGGCGGGCGCGCCGCUGCGUCGCGAGGCGGGGAUGGAGUUUGGCGCGGUGCGCGCGUGGUGGGGCGCGAGGCGGGCGAGGCGGGCGCCGCACGAAGGGAUUGAUCUCGUGCCCGAGAUCGAGGGGAGAUUGGUCGAGAUCUACCCCGUCGAGCCGGGCGUGGUCGUGGGAGUGCUUCCAGACUACCUCGGCCGCACGGCGGCGGUGGCGACGGACGGCGGUGGCUGGUGCUGGCUCUACGCCCACCUCGAGCUCGACGGCGCCGCGCACCUCUCCCUCCUCCGCGUGAGCGGCGAGGUCGAGUGGGCGGAGGCGCGCAGCUGCUACCGCACCGCCCACGGGGCUGAACCCACACCCAAUCCGACCCUAGAUCAUCCAUUUGAGGUGGCCGACCUCACCGGCGCGCUGCACUCCUUCGGCUUUGAAGACGCGCAGCGAGGCGACGGCGACGGCGACGGCGGCGGCGGCGGCGGCGGCGGCGGCGGCGGCGGCGGCGCGGCCUACGGCGGCUUUGCGUCUGCGUGGGUCUUUCACACCUCGGCGCGGCGCGGAGGCGAGCCCGGGAGCGAGCCGAUCUUCUCGUCGCCGACGCUCGACGCAACACCCGUCCUCCCGCCCUCGUGCCGGCGUACUCACACCGCAGGCACCGUCUACUUUGGGUGUGUGGACGGGCUGCUGUACGCCGUUGCGCCCGAGGGGGCGCCGCUCUGGACGUUUGAUGCGGCAGGGCCCAUCUUUUCUGCGCCGUGCGCCUUCACCGCGUCGCUGGGCGCGGGGCUGGAGCGGCGGCUGCUCGUCACUUCGCAGAGCGGGCGUUUGCUCUGCGUCGAGGCGGUUCACGGCGCGCUGCGAUGGGAGCAGCCGGCUGAGGUGCACGGCCACUCGGCGCCCGCCGUCGACCGAGCGAGCGCGCAGCACGGCGUCGUCGCCGCUGAUGACGUGGCGGCGCGCGUCGCGGUCGUCGGUGGCGUCGACGGCCGCCUCCACGCCUUCGAUUGCGCGUCGGGUGCGCCCCUCGGCACCACGCAGCUGCCGGGCGCCGUCUUCUCCUCCGCCGCCCUCUGCACCGGCCGCGUCGUGGUCGGCUGCCGAGACGACUUCCUCUAUUGCCUCGCGCUGCGCGCGCAGCCGGCGGCGCAGCCGGCGGCGCAGCCGGCGGUGGCGGCGGCGGCGGCUGCGGCGGAUCGGCCGACGAUGGUGCGUCGUCGUCCCGACGGCGGCGGCGGCGGCGGCGGCGGCGGCGGCGGCGGCGAGGGCUCUCCGACAUCGUCGGAGUCGGCGGCGGUCGACGAGCGGCGCGUGGCGCGGCGCAUCAUGGCGAUGCGUGGCGCGGACCACCGGUAA